CAUGAGCCCCACAGUGUCACGUGAAUGCAUCCUCUCCAGUCUCCACUCCAAUACUAAAAUCUUCCCUCUCCGUUAAUCAACACAAUAAACCGGCCACUUCUGACUUCUCUUUCCCUAUAUCUCCCAUGGAGAGGCCGCUUGUCGAAGUAUCAGACUCAGAGGUUCGUCUAGACUUUAUGCUCAAUUCCAAAUGCCGAGCCAACGUCCGCCUCAGGUCUCUCUCUGCCACCACCCAAAUAGCCUUCAAGGUGCAAACGUCAUCGCCUCACAAGUUCCUGGUUAACCCACCGACUGGGCUUAUUCCUCCGUCAUCCUUUACCACCUUUCAAAUCAUACUCAGACCCCAAACCGAUCUCCCACCCUCUUUCCCUCGCUCUCCAUCUGAUCGUUUCCUCAUCAAAACGGCACCGUUUUCCCCAGACUCUUCCGACUCGACUCACCCCGAUUCUCUCAACUCGUGGUUCUCUUCUCUUCCUCACUGGUCAACUCAAGAUCUUAAGCUCAAGGUAGCCUUCGUAGGUCCCUUUCUUCUCCGCCACGCUGUCAGCUGUGGAGAUGUUAACUCCGCGAAGAAUAUAAUAAAGAGGCAAAGGUCGAUUCUUGCUGAGUUGUCUCCGAGAGAUGCUGAGUCGCUCCUCCGAGUUGCCACCGAGCUGGCUGACCCGGAGGGUAUGGUGAACUUACUGCUUGAAGCUGGGUUGAAGAUUGACUCACGUGCGAAAGCGGAGAAUGUGAGUUUUUAUCAGGUGGAUCCAAAAUUGCAAUCCAAGGGCUGGAGUGAUCUACACGUGGCGAUCGCAUUGGAUAGGACGGAAGAGGUUCUAGAUUCAUUGGAUAGUUUUGGGCCUUUGGAUUUGAGAGAUAAGGAAGGAAGGACACCGUUGCAUUUGGCGGCAAGUAGGGGGAAUAUCAAGUGUGCUAGGGUCUUAGUGGAAUCGGGUGCAGACAAGGAUGCUAUGAGCAAGGACGGUAGGACUGCAUUGUACAGAGCAGCGGCAAAUGGUGACCAUAGGAUGGUACAGAUGCUAAUUGAGAUGGGUUGCGACCCCACCAUUGCAGAUGAUCGUGGCCGUUCAGCUUUUGAUGUUGCUCGAGAUAAGGGAUAUGAUGAGAUUUUGGAGACUCUGGAACGUGGGGAAGUAGUGCUAAUGGCAGCAAGGCAAGGGAGCUUGGAACACCUUGAAUCGUUAUUAAAGAAAGGUGCAAGCAAAAACUAUAAGGAUCAAUAUGGUAUCACAGCCUUGCAUGCAGCAGCAAUCAAAGGGCACAAGAACAUAGUAUCAAUGCUAGUUGAAUUUGGUGUAGAUUUGGAAUGCCAGGACAAUGAAGGCCAUGUCCCCUUGCAUUUGGCAGUGGAGAGUGGCAGUUUAGAGACAGUUGAGGUGUUGGUCGGCAGAGGAGCUAAUGUUAAUGCCAAGAGCAACCGAGGUGCUACUCCACUCUCCAUGGCUAUAGCACUUGGCUACACUGACAUCUCAGAGUUUCUUGUGAGCAGGGGAGCCUCCUCUUCUCCUCCUCCUCCUCCCUCCUCUUUAUAAUCCAUCAAACAUAAUAAAGUUGCCUAGCAUUCUGUACAAGGCCUAAUUCUACAUGAUUUUCAACAUGCAAAUUGUCAACUUGUAUACAUCAAUAUAUGACUAUUGACUAGCUUUAUAAGGGAAUUGGAUUUUGUAGUGAAAAA